UAUUACUUGAUACCAUCAGAAAAAAGAUACAGCUUCGAAAUUAAUUGAUCACCUUCAGGCGAUAUUUGAAAGAAAGAAGCUAGCUAGCUAGCUUUGCGACAUGGUUUUCAGAAAGAAGAAGGUGGAAGCCGUUGAUAUGCCGGAGGUUGACGAGUCAGCGUCGGACAAAGAAUCGACGUCGAAAGCAGCCGGAACCAAUAAAGGGAUCUCCAAAAUCGACUUGGCCAUGAGAAUAGUUGCCGCCAUUGCUACGCUUGGGAGCGCCGUCGCCAUGGGAACUAGUGAUAGAUCAUCCCCAAGUUUCUCGCAGUUCACUAAUUUCAAAGACCAAUUCCGUCAAUUUCCCACAUUCACGUAUCUAAUGGUCAUCAAUUGCAUUGCUUGCGGCUACCUGGUUUUUUCUCUCAUUUUAUCCAUCUUCCACAUUUUUAAGAGCACAGCCAAAGCAACUCGGGUGGUUCUUAUCAUUUUCGACACGGUAAUAAUGGCAUUUUUGACUGCCGGAGCCUCGGCGGCAGCUGCGGUUGUGAAUUUCGCCCAUAAAGGAAAUGCCAAUGCAAAUUGGUUAGCUAUAUGUCCAAGGGACAACUCUUUCUGUGAAAGAGUCUCCGGAUCUCUGGGUGGCUCUUUCCUUGCUAUCCUUUUGCUAGUGAUGUUGAUUUUGUUCUCUGCCAUUGCCAUUUCCCGAAGUUGAAAUUUUGUCAAUUAUAAUUCCUUGGCAAUUAUAGCUCGAGAGACGGUGUUAGGGCGUCGACGACAUUGUCAGCGAACCGGACUUGAGGAUGCAUACAAGAAUUUAGUACAAGGAUGAUGAUCUCUAUGGAACUUCAAUAAAAGUCUGCCAUGUAGUAUUAUGUAUACGUUUAUUAUUUAGUCACCAAAGAUUGUACCUUUUUUUUUUGUAACGUCUUCAUGGUGUGCUGUUGGAAUUGCAACCCCAUGACCUUUGAUUCUAAAGUUUUACUGUGUGAAAAAAACAUAUAAGUGGG